GCAGGGUCACAAGCUAAUGUUGUUUCAGUGCAAGAAUCAGUGAAGGCAUGGGGGGAGGGAGGACGGAGAACAAAGGGAAGAGUGUCUUUAGCUGAAAUGAGAGUGCUGUUGCUUGAAGCCAGGAGUAAGAUAGUAUUAGAUAUAAUUGAAAUAGUGAAAUAAGUGGUGGAGAGAAAAACGUGGGGAUAGCUGCCUCUGGACAUCUGUACAUGAACAAACAGCUGUCCUAGGAAGAAAUUACCCUGGUUGGGAACUGGUUAGGGCAGGUUUACUGAAAUGCAAGAGAUUUCAUCAUGUGGUUGCAACCUUUUUUUUCUCCCUCCCUGUAGGCCAUCUGGGGAUUUCCUAGCUGAUCCUGUUCAUGCUCCUUUCCUGGGCACUUCAGAUCUCUGAUAGAUGCCUGUGAACAGCUGUGGUGGAAGAGCAUAGACCUAGCCUAGCUCAUUAAGGGAAAAUGAGUUCAGAGCAACUAAGGUGAUUUGGGAGCAUUAAUCACUGCCUUCAGUGGGAGAUAAGGGUUGCUUUCAAUAGGCCAGUGCAAUGAAGGCAUGAUGGAUCCAGUGAGGUAGGCAGAUGGCUGCUGUCUUCAUGGAAGCAGUGAAAUAAGAUUCUCCAUUACCCUUGGCAAGAGUCCUUUGCCCUGCUGCAUUGCUUCAGCAAAGCACUCUCAUCUUCCAGUCAUUAGUCAUCCUCUUGUUAUUUCAUUUUGUGAAAGAGAUUAUAACCAGCUGAGGAGAUAGGGCAGCACAAGAGAGCAGGCUGCCUUCCUAUACCACUGUAUUGUUGCUUUGUCUUUGCCUUGUUCUCCUUCCAAACCCAUGGCCAUUACAACCAUACAAUGGAGAGCAGGCAAGAACAUUCCUUAUGGUGAGUGGAGCAGCCAGUCUGGACUUGUGCAAGUCUAGUUGCCUCAUCCUGGAAUUACACUAUCCAUUGUGGAAAAACAAGAGCUGGAGUCAGGAGUCCAGCACUCUGUUCCUGGCUUUGCCACUGACGCCUGCAUGAUCUUGAACAGAUGACCCUCAGUUACUCCAGCUUGCCUCUGUGCUCUGUUGUAAGCAUUGAGAUGGUACAGUGUUGGUUUCAGAGAGCUCUGAAAUCUUAAUGCAUUUGAGGAGGAUGACGAAGGCCUUCAAACAGAUCCUUGUCUGCAGUGCAGCAUCUGAGUCAGGCAGACCAGGAGGACCAGCAGUAGCAGGUGGACUUGAGGAGCUCUGCUUCAGGACCUGAACCUGAAGAUCCUUAUUAGCUAAUCCAGCCAUGAAGCAAUGAGAUAAGAGGAGAGCUGCGUAUCCCCAGAGGCCUGGCUGUUUUUUCUUUGAAGAAGGAUUUGGGAGACAAGAUUAUCUCUAAAUGGGUUUGUUCAUCAAGUUGUGUGCUGGAACUCCGUUGUCCUCAGAGGACUGCAGGUCAAAGUGGUCAUCAUCAGUGAUAACAGCAGCAUCUGACUGUCUUAGAUGUAGAAUCAGAUUUAUGACUUUUAGGAGGCCAUAUGACCUUUGCUCCUGUGGGGUCUUGAGGUUCUUGCAGGCCUGAACCUUGGUGUCUUAAUCUCCUCACCAACUGAGAGCAACGCUCUCCCCAUGAGUAGAGAGCUCAUUACAGCAUGACUUUUCUUAAGGGCAAGCUGGAGACUACUGUAGUCUCUUAUGUGCCUAGGCUCACGUACAUUUUGGCACGUACACCUCUUUGAUAUGAGAAAUGAUUGGGUUGAGAAAAUGCAAAUAGCUUCUGUAAAAUUGCUGAUUCUUAUUUUAUGGGAGGAAGAAGAGACGCACCCAGUUUUUUCCUGAAAGUCCUGAGUUUGAGGAGUGCCUAACCUCAGCCACACUUUGUAAUCACCAUGCCCAGUGCCAAGCAAGAGCAGGAGUUUUCCAGCAGGCAACAAGAUGAUAUGGUGAGGUGUGUUUGCUGCAGGCAGGCAGGGGCAGCUGUCUCUUCUGGGGUUUUGAAUGGGUCAGCUUUGCUUAAUCUGUAUUGCCUGAGAUAAAAAGCAAGUCAGCCACACAGCUCAGGGUUAAUGCCUGGGGUUGUCUUGGUUUGGGCAGCUGCAGUGCAUUGAGGCUUCUUGUGAAGAGGCAAUCCUUGGAGUAAGGCAGACAAUGGUGAUGACCGGUCUGAGAGCAUCCUUGCUGAGAACCACGUGGACAGCACUGGGGGGAUGUUGAGUGGAGCCAGCAGCAGGAAACUCAUUAAAACAGGCAUGAAGGAGCUGGCGGUGAUGAGGGAGAAGGUGAACGAGCAGCAGCGGCAGAUGGGCAAAGUGGGCAAGGCCCAUCACAACCAUGAGGAUUCAAAGAAGUCGCGGAUGCCGACAGGCAGGACCCCUUGUCAGCAGGAGCUGGAUCAGGUCCUGGAGCGCAUCUCUACCAUGCGACUGCCGGAUGAGCGAGGUCCCCUGGAGCACCUCUACUCCCUCCACAUCCCCAACUGUGACAAGCAUGGCUUGUACAAUCUCAAGCAGUGCAAGAUGUCAGUGAAUGGGCAGCGUGGAGAGUGCUGGUGUGUGGACCCCAUCCAUGGAAGGGUGAUCCAGGGUGCGCCCACCAUCCGUGGGGACCCCGAGUGCCACCUCUUCUACACAGCCCAUGAGCAGGAGGACCGGGGAGCACACGCCUUGCGGAGCCAGUAGAUGGAUGUAAUCCUGCUUGCUGUGGCCCCGGUGCUGGAUUUUUUACAUGGGUUUCAGCAUGUCUCUUUUAGGCUCUGGAAGAGACCGGGGUUGGGUCCUGUGUGCUGCCCUCCUGCUGCCCCAGUUCUUGGGGAGGGAAGAGAUGACAGGAGGGGAAGGGUGGGGGGGAGGGAGGGGAGGUUGCAAGGAGAAGGGACUGCUUUCCUAUAGUCUUUUGCCCAAUGUCAGCCAGAGAACCAGUCUUUUUUGCUCCUCGCCCCGUGGCCCUGCCUCCCUACUGCUUUGUGGCAUAUUCCUGCAGGCAAAACACCUAACCAUGGGUGGGAGGGGGAAA